AUGGAGAUCCCAGCCAAAUUGCCAUUUUCCAAGCGCCGGCUACGGCCGCGUGUUGUCCUUUCUGCCUGUGUCAUCGGAUUCUGGAUCCUCGACUCAAUUGAGCCUUACCACCAGCACUUCUCUCUCACCAACAUCUCCCUCCAAUAUCCCUACGCAGUCCACGAGCGCAUCCCGAUUCAAUACGCCCUCUGCAUCUCCGGCCUGUUCCCUCUCGUUCUUGUCAUCGUCUACACUCUCUUCCUCGAUGGCUUGUUCUCCCAUCACAAGCCUACGGACCCCGCCUCAGGGAAGCGCAAGCUGCGCGGGCCUUGGCGCUGGAAGGAUCGCCUUUGGGAGAUGAAUUGCGGUAUUCUGGGACUGCUCCUAUCCCAGGGCCUCGCAUUUGUUAUUACGCAGGUUCUGAAGAAUGCCUGCGGCAAGCCCAGACCCGAUAUUAUUGAUCGCUGUCAGCCGCGAGCGGGAAGUCUUGAUCUGACGCCGUACGGCUUGUCGAAUUCCACGAUUUGUACCGGCGAGGCGGCAUUAAUCAAAGAUGGGUUCCGGUCAUGGCCGUCGGGUCAUAGUAGCUCCUCUUUCGCCGGACUAUUCUAUACCUCGUUGUGGCUGGGUGGGAAGCUUCAUAUAAUGGACAACCGCGGCGAGACCUGGAAGACACUCCUCGUCAUGAUCCCGAUCCUUGCAGCAACCCUCGUCGCUGUGUCUCGCAUCAUGGAUGCCCGCCACCACCCCUUCGAUGUCAUCACCGGCUCGUUACUAGGUGUCGUCUGCGCCAUUGUGUCCUACAAUCAAUACUUCCCUCCGCUCUCCGAAGCAUGGCGCAAGGGUCGCGCAUACUCGAUCCGAACCUGGGGCUCGCAACCUGCGCACCCCGUGCACGGGAAAUUCGACUCGGAGAGCGAAAGCACCACGCCACUGCGCAACCCCGAGGGAGACCGAUUGAAUCCUCCAGAUCUGCGCCAUACUCAGGCGUCCCCGAACUUACCAGACUCCGGAGCGACGGGGUACGGCGGAAACCCCUAUGCGCCCCCCGCGUAUCCCCGUCGCGCACAUGACCAUGACCCCGAUGGCAACUGGUCUUCUAGUGAGGAUGACGUCGCGAAUGGGUAUGAGAUGCAGCAGGGGUAUGUGACGGCUGCGAACCCUGCGGCUAGGGGCUACUCCCCGCCGUUUGAGACGAAUACUGCAUACGCGUCUCCAAAUCCGGUAACGUCGGCUGGUAUUCAUCACCCGGGCGUGGUAGUUAGUCCUCACGACCGGGGGCGCCAGUUGACUGAUGUGCCGGUUGGGAAUGUGUAG